UACGAGCAGUCGCUGCGCGCGCUCAGCCUCGAUGACGUCGAACGCCUGGCGGCGCGCCUAUUGGCCGGCUCCUCUUCCGGCUCAGACUCCGCCUCUUCCGGCCAAGACGCGGCGUCUUCCGAUUUAAGCCCCGCCCCUGGCGAUAGCGAUCCCGCCCCCGCCGAACUCGUCCAAUAAACGAACGCGAAACUGAACGCUGAUUGGUUGCUCGCACCGGAAGUGUUUGAUGGGGGGGGUGGGGGGUUGAUCGAAGAGCGGGAUUGGUUAAGAGCACCGGAAGAGGAGGGAGUAACGAGCCGGGCGGACUUCCGGGCCGUGGGGGGCGGGAGAAGGGCGGAGCCAUGAGGCUGGCCGUGCUGCUGCGCCCCGCUCUGCUCUGUGGGGCUGCGUUGCUCUGCUGGCUGCUGCUCAGCGCCCUGCUGGGAGCCCCCCCCGCUCUGCCCACAUUGAGGCGCCUGCUGGCUGAUUGGGGUCCGGAGGCGCCGCCAACUGAAGCCCGCCCCCCCCCCGCCCUGCCGUGCGCCCUCCCCCGCCGCUGCCCCCCCCAUCAUUUCCCCUUCCGGCUUCGCAGCGGCGCCGCCAACGUCGUGGGACCCAAAAUCUGCCUGGGGGGCAAAAUGCUGAUGAGCAGCGCACAGAACAACGUGGGGCGGGGGCUGAACGUGGCGCUCGUUAACGGCGUGACGGGGGAGCUGAUGGCGGCGCGGAGCUUCGACAUGUGGGCAGGAGACUCCAACGAGCUGCUGAAGUUCCUGCGGCCGCUGCACGAGGGAACCGUGGUGCUCGUGGCCUCCUAUGAUGAUCCUGCAACCAGGCUGACGGAGGAGUGCAGGCGGCUGCUGGCUGAGCUGGGAAGCGGCGCCGUGGGGUCGCUGGGCUUCCGGGACAGCUGGGUGUUCGUCGGGGGGAAGGGGGUGCAGAGCUCCCCGUUUGAGCAG